CAGAAAAUGAUUGUCAAGUCUCGUCGAGAUGGUGCGCGGCGGGACGGGCGAUGGGACUUUUACCUGGGCGCGCGAAAAGCUGAAAAGUCUUUCCCAUGAGAGAAAGACAGAGAGAAAGGAACGGGAACGGUGAAGCAAGGCGAGCCGGUGAUCGCGUAGUGGGACCAACAAAGUUACCUGGAUCGACAACAGAUACUUUUCUCGGCAGUAACCACCAAGACACCAUGACGACACGAUCACUCGCAUCGUCCCCGACGCGACGACCGUCGGCUGUCGGCCUGAUCACCGCGCUCCUCCUCAUCGCGGCGGCACAAAUAUGCAGCGGAGCGUAUUACGGGAAACUGAUCGGUAAGCUGUCUGAACUUCAUCACGGCGUGAGCGGCGAGGUUUAUGCCGUCGACGCAAGGACGCUAUUUAUCAAGGAUUUCACCUACGAUGGCGAAGGUCCAGCUGCCUUCUUUUACGCCGGAAACAGCAAGGGCCCGGGCAACAACGGAUUCCGGGUGCGAGACGAACACGGAACCACGAACGUCCUUAAACGGUACCGCAGGAAGGACAUCACGCUGACCUUACCGGACGGCAAGACCUUGAACAACAUCAAAUGGUUUUCGGUCUGGUGCGACGAAUUCUCCGUGAAUUUCGGCGACGUCAAGAUAUCACGGGGCUUCGAUUAUCCGAAACCGCAGAAGCUGAAGGCACUGAGCGGCAUACAUGGCGUCAGUUCGGAGCCAGUUGUCGUCGUGGACGCUCAGACUCUUCUGAUACCUAGUUUCAGUUACGACGGGGAAGCCCCUGAUGCCAAGUUCUGGGUAGGCGCCGGCCCGAACCCCUCGCCGCAGGGUAUCCGGGUACCUGACGAGAACGGGAAGGAGCAGCCGUUGCGUCGUUACGAUCGCAAGACGAUCGUGCUGACGUUGCCGGGCGACCUGACCAUGCACCAGCUCGGCCACUUUGGAGUUUGGUGCGAGGCCUUCGCCGUGGACUUCGGCCACGUGCAGCUCCCGCAUAACAUGAACAUACCGCCGUCCCUUAAGAUGCUGGGGGUUUCGCCACAGUCGAAGCUUAACUGCGAGGUUCUCGAGGACAGCCUAGCUUUCGAGGUGCGAUGGGCCGUGGCCGGUGACAGCAUUGUCGUCCAGCUGGUCGCAAAGCUAGAUGCUGGACAGUACAUGUCCUUCGGAUUGUCCGGCGACAUGGAGAAGAGCGCGAUGGUUGGCGGGGACGUAGCCGUGGCCUGGGUCGACAAGCAGACCCUGCAGGGAUACGCCAUCGAUUACUUCCUGGACGCGAAGUCGCAGUGCUCGGGACGCCGCGGCAGCUGCCCGGACAGGCGCAUACAGGAGAACACGGAUUCGGUGCGGCUGUUGAACGCGGCGAUGGUGAACGGCUACAGCAUCGUCACGUACCAGAGACCGUUGAAGGCCAGCGACGAGUUGGACCGACCGAUAUUGACGAACCGAUCGCAGGCGAUAAUCUGGGCCAUCGGGCCGCUGAACGAACGGCAGGAGGUCAGUUUCCACAGCCACUAUCUGAAGACCGAUCGGUUCAUCGAGUUCGGCAGACCGCCCGCGUGGAAUUGCCCCAUGCCGGAUCAGGAUCCUGCUCGCAGUGACGUUAAUGAGACGGCAAGUAGCAAUCAAAUUGUCAUGAGAAGUCCGCAACGUGUAUCGGCAACUCCCGCACCGGCUCCUACGAACGACGCUUGGGAGAUACCACCGAUUCAGUGUUACGAGCCGGAUGACGGUAUUUUCUAUGCGCAAAUGGGACCGACCGGAGGGAAACACGGCUACCCGGCCAUUACCGGUCAUGUCGGCUGGGGGAUCUCUUGGUACAUUAACGGACUGCUGAUACCCGAGAUUAACGUGGUGCGGGGCAAGAGGUACACUUUCGUCGUGGAGGGCGGUUUAGAUCCCGAGGUCCCGGCGCGUUAUCAUCCGUUCUACAUCACCGACGACCCGAUAGGCGGCUACUAUCACAAGACAGCCGAGGAGAAAGCGAAAGUGAAGAUAUUCGCCGGUGUGCGCCGACAACGCAACAGGAUCAUUCCCACGGGCGUGGGCCGCCUCUGCAACUGGGUGCCGGACCAGAACCAACCGCCCGCGGACGACUUCGCGUCCUUCGGAGCUUACCAGCGUACCUUGACUCUCGAGUGCGACCACGGCGAGCCGGGUUUCGUGGAAUGGACGCCCGACGAGAACACCCCCGACACGGUGUAUUAUCAGUGUUUCACGCAUCGUUAUCUAGGCUGGAAGAUCAAUGUUCUCGAUAGCUGUGACGUCAGCGAGGCGUCGCAGCCGGCGGCCAGCGAGAAGCACGAAGUGUACGCGGAGCCAGGUCAGGAUCAGCAGGAUAUGGAGUACGGCGCUAGUAUUUCCGUGCCGAGCAAGGUAACGCCAACGGCGGAGUUUCUUCAUCAACAGCAUGCCCAUCAUUCUCACCGCGAAUACGGCCACCGUUACCCCCAUCAUCAUUCGACGACUAACAGCAAGCUAAGCGUUUCACAUCCGCAGCUACUAACGAACGCCAAUAACAAUUAUGAUCGCUUGCAAUCAUCAUCAUCAUCGUCCAAAAAUUCAUACGGGGCACAUCCGAGAGACGCGCAUCGCGUUGACGAGGAAGUCCUGCCGCAGCCGCAGCAGCAGCAGGAGAAGCAGCAGCCGCAGCAGAAACAGCAACACCGAUCGACUACGAUCGUUCACGAACCGUCAUCAUCUCUUCACGCCGGGACUCAUGUUAUGCCGGAGCUCGCGCGGGAAAUUCAGCAUACCACCACUAACCAGGAAUUGUCUAACCUCGUUGCAGAUCACCAGCGACCGUCACUGAGUCACGGGACGAAGUUGCCCUACGUUACGGCGGCCAUCAGCAACACCCAGCUACCGUUCUCCCGAGCGCCGCAUUAUUACGCGAGCAAUUAUCAUCACUACGUCCGCCAUCAGCUUCCUCCGCAUCCUCCUCGUUACUAUCAGUCCGAACCGCCGAGGACCCAACUGAUGAUCAUCCGUCGGCCGGUGACAUUAACGCGCCAUCCGAUGUUGCAGACAUUACAGCAGGCCGCCAAUUUGAUAACCACGAGCGCGCUAUCGUUGCCGUUCCCAUUCUCGUUCACGUCGUCCUCCUCGCCGCGGCCGAUUCUCAUCGAGCGCAAGAAAUCCAUUUAUCGUCCGCCCGUUGCGAUAGCGACGCUGAAGACGACGCCGAGGACGAUGGCCGACAAGGUGCCACCGUCCGAGAAAUUCGCGGCGAAGAUCGACACAAAGCAACGCGCGAAACUCGAGGCGAAGUCGGGAUCGGGUUCGGACACCGAGAAUCACGCGAGUCCCUCCUGGAAGUUUCUGAAACCCGCGCGCAACACCGGCUUCAAUCCCGACUCCAUCGUCAUCGAGAGCGGCUUCAAACCGAUCAUCAGAAACGUCGUCGACAGAGCGCAGCCGGAUGUCGCGCAGAAGAGGCUGUCGGCCGCGACGGGGACGUGGCAGGACGGGCCGCUACUCAGAAAGAACGGUGAAUAUCGUACGAUCGACGAGUUCUCGCCCGUGUUCGUGCCGUCGCUGCCCGUAACGACGUCCGCGAUCGACGGCGCGAUCAGGAAGCGGAAGAAGAAGACGUCCUCCACGCGUUCCCCGCCGCCCCGUUUCGACGACCUCGACGAUAUGGAGAUGGCGGCCGACCUCAGACUGGACACCUACUAUCUGCCACCGAUCGGGCGGACGAGGCCGGAGGAGCUGCCGUCAACCUCCUCCUCCGGCGUUCUGAUCACCUACGACGGUAAGAAGCUGCGGGACUUCACCGGCUUGGCCAGGUCCGUCUCCGACACCGAGCACCGCGGCAAGGGCCGGUUGACCUCGGACAUUCUCAGCAGAACGCCGCAGUUCGGUAAGUUCCAGGGCGAGCUGCCGCCGCUGAUCCCCGGGGAGAUGCGCGUGAACAACUCGAUUCCACCUCCCUCGUACUCCGAGAAGAAGAACCGUCUGCCGGCCGUCGAUCUGCCGCCGCGUGAACAGCUGCUGCCGAAGACGAGCACGAGGUUGAAGCUGGUGGAGAGAUCGAGGAGAUCGCCGCUGCAGGACCGCGUCGGUCGCACGAUGUCCAGCGCGGACUUCCAGCGCGACGGCGGCGACCGCGGACGUCGGGAACGCGACCGGAUCGAAUCGGUCAACGGUGGAGCGCGCCUCGGCAGCCUCGGGUGGGUCCUUCUGAUCGCGAUCGCGGCGCGCCUCGCGAUCUGA